UCCCACCGUGGACAUGAAAAGGCCACAAAAAUACGUUUUUCCGAAGAGACCAUCGCUUUAAUUCUCCAGACUGAAGAAACCACGAGUAUCAAACCUAAGUUAGAGGCUGAGUGAACUUUAUUUGUGAAGAAUAUGGCCCUGGUGCAGCGUAUUCCCUUGUCGGAAGUGUUGGCCACCGUCAAGCCCAACAGUGAGAUCUGGAGCUGUUCUUACAACCCGCAGGAUGAUAACUUUAUAGCAGUGACCACCAGUACGGAGAACAAACUGCGCAUCUGUAAAGAGAACACACAGAGUUUUCCCAACGCCUUUGACCUGGGAGGUGCUGGGACCUGUACAGACUUCUCCAGAGAUGGGAGCAGAGUUGUGAUACUUUGUGAAAACUUGAUUGGAUUGCCACAAUAUUAUCUCCCUCCAGGCUCUACCUCCUCUGAUAUUGUCCUGAUCACAAACAUCAAUGGGGAGACUCCAGAACAGGUCCAGCUCCAGGGCCACACCAGCGCCAUCCGGAAUGUCCACUUCCACCCCACCAACACCCUGCUGCUGUCCUCGGGCUGGAGCGACGGCAUCCGAGUCUGGGACGUCAACACGCAACAGAUGACCAGGCAGGAGCUGCUCAAGGAACACUUUGGAGAGGAAACCAUCUACAAGACGAGCAUGUCUGAGGAUGGAAAGCUGCUGACAGUGUGCUGCUCUGAUGGUGCUACAUACGUACUGGAGACAAACAAUUUCAAGCUGGUACAAGAGCUGAAAUGGACCAACCCCACAGAUGUGCAGGAUGCCUCCAUACGUAAGACCUCCAGCAGAGACAUCCAGGUUGCUACGGCCUCACACGACGGAACAGUCAAGGUGUGGGACCUAGGGACGGGCAAAGUCCUGCAUAUGUUCACUGUGGGCUAUGAGGCGUCCCGUGUGCUAUACACCCCUGACGGCUCCAGGCUGUGUGUAGGAGGGAAGGCAGAACAUAUCCUGAUAUAUAAUGUGGAGGAGAACCCCAUCAAGUCAGCCUGGAAACUGGCAGAUCCCUGUGGAUUUGGUGCCAUCAAGUGUAUGGACUUCUCCAGGAUGUCAGGCUCAAGGAGAUUGGUGACAGGCCAUGCAGACUCUACCCUGCGAGUGUGGAACUUGUAUGGCAUUGUGCAGGAUAACUCCAUGAGUGAAUUUGCCUCUGUGAUGGGUGACUACACAAGCAGAAGUUGACUUCAGUGACUGAUGUGUUCUUCAGAGUUGUGUUCAGUUCUAUUGCCCCAACGGCUGUGAUCCUAUAAUAAUAUGCCACUUCAAGGUCCGUUGAGUUAA